GGUGCGUAACCAAGUGCAACGUUGUGUCGCUACAACGGCGCGGACAAUGUGUGUGCGUGUGUGUGGGGAUAAACGUUAUUGAAAAGUUACCAACAACAACAACAAAAAUAUUUAGUUUAUGUCCAAAGCGUAUAUUAGUAUUGAGAAAUCGUAGAAAAAAUUCAAAUUCGGUCGAACUUUGUGCAAAAGAGAAUGUGAAAAUGUGAAUUUAUACGCGUUGCCUGCGCUAAAACGCCUAAAAGUAGACCAGCUCUAGCUCUAGUGAAAAAUUGUGAUCGUAAUUGGAAACGUGUAUUCAACGAAAGGGAAAAUUUGCGAAAAUCGCAACGGUAAAGGUGAUGAAAAGUGAAAUUUUGAAAGCAAAGCGAAAUUAUUGUGUAAUGACAUUGAGCGUGGCGAGGCGAGUGGCAAGCGAGUCACGACGACGACGACGACUACAACGGCAACAAAAGCGACAACGAUAAGCUGAAACAUAACGGUGCGCACUGGAGUAGGAGCAGCAGGUCGGCGGCAAGGCAAGAAAGUAUCACAUGGAACUUCAACAGCACAUAGUAUAUACCGUUAUGCACACGUAAAACAACAACAACACGAGCAGCAGCAGCUGGCGAUAUGCUGCUGCAACAGAACAAGCGAUAAUUGAAAUGAAAGUGUGCGCAAAGCAAAAAGGAUUACGGUACAUUUCCAUUAAAAUACGAAAAGUGCGUGUGUGUGUGUGUGUGCUAAAGCGCUUACAUGUGCCUGCGACACAAAAGCGAAAAGCGUGUAGAAAUACAAAGUGAAAAAGUGAAUAAAAAAUUGCAGGAAAACUAUAAAUAAAGGCAAAGCGAGCGUUGAGUAAAUGAAUUUUCAUUGCUGCGCCGAAAUGUAUGCUACAAAAAGCGUGUAAAUGCUAAAGUGUCUGGCAAUUGUGCACUUUUUCAUUGUUAAACUUCAUAGGAAGUUAAAAUACAUUUGCGCAACAAAUGACAAACAAUAAAAAUUACAACAACAACAACAGCAACAGUGUAAAAGUGUAAGCGUUUAAUUGAAAAGUGUGAGUUGGCAUUGUCGUGAGAAAAACCAACGAAACGAAAGGGAAAAUGUGUCGCUUUUAUGCUUUUGAAGUGAAACGGAAGCCAUAAAAUGACAAACGAAAACGAAAAAAAGAAUUGAAGAUAAGGUAGAGCUUGGCAAAGCAAGCUAUAAAUGCCAUAAACCUCAACAGAUGUAAAACAAACAAAAAGUGCAACAAACAUGCUUUGCCGUUUUCAAAAAUUGUUAAUUUUAAAUCUGUUUUAGGCAAGCACUGCAGCAGCCACAUGCGUUAAUAACACCAAAAUGUGCCAGCACGCAGGCGCAACAGUAGAAUUUGAUUUAAAGAAAGUCGCUUAAAAGUGCUUAUACCCCGGCUAAGAUACACUUUCAAACUCAGUUGUCUUGCUGACUGACUGCUGACUACUGCAGCAUACAUUAAGGCGCGCGUCUGUGUUAAAAUUUUGAGAAAAUAAACUCUUGCGUAAUUUAUCAUUCUUUAUUGCCAACCCGCUGCGUGCGCUAAAAUGUAUUUCUUUUCGUUUUUCGGCAAUUCGUUUUAUUGUUGUUGUUAUUAAUGUUAUUAUUGCCAACAUCAGCAAAGACGCGUAGACAGCUCGGCAGCAGUUAAAACUGAAACUGCUGUUUGCUAUGCGCUGCUUUUGUCAGCGGUCGCUGUUGUUGUUGCAGCCGUCGUCGUUGCCGUCGCCUACUUGCCACACGACGCCUAAUUGUAUUUUAACUCUAAAUGUCGUGUAUUUGUUUAAUAUGAAAAGUCGUUUUAUUGUUGUUGUUACUGUUAUGGUGGAGUGCGUUAACGUGUUAAAUUUUUUGUUGUUGUAAUCUCCCUGACUGCUGUCACACUCGCGACGCUUUUGUUGUUGAAUUAGGUACGCAAACAACGCAAGCAAAAUGCCUGGCGGACGUCGAGGACUUGUUGCACCGCAGAACACAUUCCUGGAGAACAUCAUACGGCGCUCGAAUUCACAACCGGACAGUUCGUUUCUUUUGGCCAACGCACAGAUUGUGGAUUUUCCGAUUGUUUAUUGCAAUGAGUCCUUUUGCAAGAUUAGCGGCUAUAACCGUGCUGAAGUCAUGCAGAAGUCGUGCAGAUGCGGCUUCAUGUAUGGCGAGCUAACAGACAAGGAAACGGUUGCGCGGCUGGAGUUCACAUUGGAGAAUCAGCAGCAAGAUCAGUUCGAAAUUUUACUCUACAAAAAGAACAAUGCUCAAUGUGGCUGCACGAUGUCGAAGUAUGGAAAGUCGCAACCAAGUACAAAACGCCCGGUUGACUCAAAGCUGCAGCAGCUAAUAAAAAAUGGCAAAUUAGAAACUCCGCUAUGGCUGCUGUUGCAGGUAGCGCCCAUACGCAACGAAAGGGAUUUGGUUGUGUUAUUUCUGCUAACAUUCCGGGACAUUACGGCACUGAAGCAGCCGAUCGACAGCGAGGACACAAAGGGUGUUUUAGGUUUAUCGAAAUUCGCCAAACUGGCGCGUUCGGUGACACGAAGCCGUCAAUUCAGCGCACAUCUGCCAACACUAAAGGAUCCAACGAAGCAAUCCAAUCUGGCGCAUAUGAUGUCACUCAGCGCCGAUAUUAUGCCACAAUACAGACAAGAAGCGCCUAAGACGCCGCCACACAUUCUUUUGCAUUAUUGUGCAUUUAAAGCAAUUUGGGAUUGGGUGAUAUUAUGUUUAACAUUUUAUACCGCCAUUAUGGUGCCAUACAAUGUAGCUUUUAAAAACAAAACAUCAGAAGACGUUUCAUUACUCGUCGUUGAUUCCAUUGUAGAUGUUAUAUUCUUUAUAGAUAUUGUUUUAAAUUUCCACACAACAUUCGUGGGGCCCGGCGGCGAGGUCGUCAGCGACCCCAAAGUGAUACGCAUGAACUACCUAAAGUCCUGGUUCAUCAUCGAUCUGCUCAGCUGCCUGCCAUACGACGUCUUCAACGCUUUCGAUCGCGAUGAGGACGGCAUUGGCUCGCUCUUCAGUGCCCUAAAAGUGGUGCGCCUGCUGCGACUGGGGCGCGUGGUGCGCAAGCUAGACCGCUAUCUGGAAUAUGGCGCCGCCAUGCUCAUACUGCUGCUCUGUUUCUACAUGCUGGUGGCGCAUUGGCUGGCCUGCAUCUGGUACUCGAUCGGCCGCAGCGAUGCCGACAAUGGAAUACAGUACAGUUGGCUGUGGAAGCUGGCAAACGUGACGCAAUCGCCAUACUCGUACAUCUGGAGCAACGACACCGGACCGGAACUGAUAAAUGGUCCGUCGCGCAAGAGUAUGUAUGUGACGGCGCUGUACUUCACCAUGACAUGCAUGACUUCGGUGGGGUUCGGCAAUGUGGCCGCCGAGACGGACAACGAGAAGGUGUUCACCAUCUGCAUGAUGAUUAUUGCAGCGCUGCUGUACGCGACGAUAUUCGGUCACGUGACGACCAUCAUCCAACAGAUGACCUCAGCGACGGCGAAGUACCACGACAUGUUGAAUAAUGUGCGCGAGUUCAUGAAGUUGCACGAGGUGCCGAAGGCGCUCAGCGAACGCGUCAUGGAUUAUGUGGUCUCCACGUGGGCCAUGACCAAAGGCUUGGACACCGAAAAGGUACUAAACUAUUGUCCGAAAGAUAUGAAGGCUGACAUUUGUGUUCAUCUAAAUCGCAAAGUAUUUAACGAGCAUCCAGCAUUUCGUCUUGCCUCGGAUGGUUGUCUGCGCGCGCUAGCCAUGCACUUCAUGAUGUCGCACUCGGCGCCGGGCGAUCUGCUCUACCAUACCGGUGAGAGCAUCGACAGUUUGUGUUUCAUAGUGACCGGCAGUUUGGAGGUGAUACAGGACGAUGAAGUUGUGGCAAUAUUGGGUAAGGGCGACGUCUUCGGCGAUCAAUUCUGGAAGGAUUCGGCCGUUGGCCAGAGCGCUGCCAAUGUGCGCGCCCUAACCUAUUGUGAUUUGCAUGCCAUCAAGCGUGAUAAAUUGCUCGAAGUCCUCGAUUUCUAUUCGGCAUUUGCGAAUAGUUUUGCACGCAAUCUGGUGCUCACCUACAAUUUAAGACAUCGACUGAUUUUUCGCAAGGUGGCCGAUGUGAAGCGCGAGAAAGAAUUGGCCGAACGGCGUAAAAACGAACCUCAAUUGCCUCAAAAUCAAGACCAUCUGGUGCGUAAGAUAUUCUCGAAAUUCCGUCGUACGCCGCAGGUCCAAACUGGCUCCAAAGAGGUUGUCUCCGGCCAAAGUGAUGUGGAGAAGGGCGACGGUGACGCGGAUCGCACCAAGAAGUUGCCUGCUAAAUUAACCCUCACAGAGGACUCACGCAUCCUAACAACAGCUGCCGCACCCUCUCCAACGCCAUCACCCUCGCCCUCAUCGGGUCCACCAUCUGCGCGUAGUACGCGUGCUAGUAAAUGGGGGCGCCUUUUGGGCAGUUCAAGUGUCGAUUCGGCUAGCGAUACAAGUGCCAAGGUAGCAGUUUCGAGAAGUUUGAGCGCCCGCGAAAGUCUGCGUGAGAGCACUGCCCAAGCGCGGCAGAGCAGUACUUCGAGUAGUAAUGGUGGACAAGGCAAUAAAAGCGCCGAGUCCUUAGAGACGAGCUUACAAAUUAUCGAGUUGAGGGACCCGCUGACAACCGCAGCUGUGGCGGCAGCAGCUGCAAAGCGCGUCAAGAGUUUGGAAUCGCUGACUACCGCAACUGCGACUACUUCGUGGGUGGAACGCAAAUGGCGACGCAUACGCAUACUGGAUGUUUUUCCUAAAGCUCCUAAACUACAGGCCAGUCAAGCGGCGCUCGCGCGCCAGGAUACAAUCGACGAGGGCGGUGAAAUUGACGCCUCGCCUCCUAGUCGCGACACGCGGCUAGUUGGGGAAAGUGGCUCGGCAGCAGCAGCAGCGGCGGCUGCACUGGCAGCUAAAGAGCGCAACCUUGCAUUGGAGCGUGAAAGGCAAAUCGAAAUGGCUUCGUCACGCGCCACCACAUCGGACACUUACGACACAGGUUUACGCGAACAGCCACCCACAAUGGCGCAACGCGAUUUGAUCGCAACCAUGUUGGAUUUAAAAGUCGAUGUCCGUCUGGAAAUGCAGCGCAUGCAGCAGCGCAUCGGACGCAUUGAGGACUUAUUAGGCGAGCUGAUGAAACGUUUACCAGCACAGGAAUCUUCGGGUCAAACAACGCCAGCUGAUGAGCUCGGACCCGGUAGUGGCGGUGGUAGCGCGCCUGGUGCGGCCGGUAGCACGGUACUGACCACACGCAUUGGUGUGGUCGAUGGCGGCGGUGGCGGCACACACUCGACCGCGGUUACGCCAGCUGCGGACACUGUGAUAACAAUUUCAACGGUGCCGCCCACGCCACCCAUUAGCACAAGCGCCGCCUCGGGUGUAGUGGUACAGAUCGGCGGUAUAGGUGGUGGCGGCGCAGGAGGCGUUGGUGUGCCUACAACUACGACGUCCGCAACCGUGGCGGUAGGCGCAGGCUCCACGCCCAUUCCACAAACACUCAGCCUGCUUAGCCCAGCACAGAUGGGGUCAGCGGCGACACAAGGCGGCAAUGGACUGGGACCGCUAAUGCUGAAAAAACGGCGUUCGAAGAGCAGGAAGGCACCAGCGCCUCCCAAGCAGCCAUCACAUGUGCAGAGUCCAGAACAGCAGCGUUUGCUGGAAGAGGAACCCAUUGUGACGCCCACGACGGUAGUGCCGGUGACGGCGCCAACAGUAACAACGCCAACAACAGCCACAUCGAGCAGCGCAGCCACAUCGCCCACAACGGCCGGACCGUCGUCCCUGGGCGGAGGUGGCAACACCAGCGGCACAUCCAGCGGCAGCGGCAGUGGCGGUGGUGGACGCACCAAACGUGAAUUUCUCUAGCCCAAGAUAUUGGUGCGUCAUCAAUCGGACACUGGCAGCAGCUUCGAGCAAUAAAACGGCGAAGAAAGCAGACUGCGCAAGACGAUGGCGUACAGCUGAAGGAAGCUGCGGAAGGCUUCAUGUUCAUUUUAGGCUGCUGCGGCUUUUGCUGGACUAAGUUUUAGCAUAACUUAACUUAAGAUGUAUAAAUUAAUGUUUUUCAGUAAUUAAAUUUUCUGUCAACUAGAGUAUAGAAGCUUUCGAAAGCUUAAAAUUUAGCGCGCUAAAUUGCGAACUGCGACACGCAAAGCAUUUUGAAGCGUCAAGCAGAAAAAUAUUUGUGAUAACCAACCAGAUAUUAAUACUAUGAAAAUUAUAAAAACAAAAACAAGCUAUAAAAAUUAUAUGUCACCUAGUUAAAAGCAAAAACAAGACCAGUUAUAAGCCGCUUAGAAAAUUUGUAAAUUUAUUUGUAAAUAUGUAUGUAUUACAAAGCGAGUCCAAAUGCUCGCCUGUUGAAGCUGUGUAGAUAUAUAAUAUGCAUAAAUAGAUUAUACAUGCCAGACAAAGGCGAAGACGCGGAGGCAGAGGCCAAAACGUCUCGCAGUACAGUCAUAAAUAACUAUAGAUUAAUUAUAGAUAAUUAACGACGACAGCAGAAAUACUUCGCUUGCUGAAGCUCCUUGCCUUUUUGAGGAAUUGAAUACCCACUAAUUUGCAAAAAAAAAAACAAACAAACUUUAUCUUCAACAAAGCUCGAUUUCAUUUUUCUACUGCUACUUGGCUGUGUAAUUUUUCCGAACCACUUUUUUAUGCUUUCGUGGCAAUAUUUUAUUUCAGCUAAUAUAAUUUUGUGGGCACGAGGUAAACUUUGCAAGCUCGAAACAUCGCAAUACAAAGACUAUAGUAAACUUUGAGUUUAAAGCGCUCAACAGCAGCCUAACUUUUUUAAUCUAGUUUGAUACACAUUCUCUAUUAAAAACAAUACAAGGACAUUUUGUAAAAUGUACAAGGCGUAGGCCCACAUAAUAAACUUCAAACAUCGAAAACAGUCAUUGAAAGCUUUUGAAAAGCUCACAAUGCAAUUACAAAAAGUUUAGGCUUUGCGAGCUUUUGGAAAAAUACUAAGAACGGUAGACAAAUGUCAGAUUUUUCGCUUAUGGAAAUACAGCAACAUAUAAAGUGUUAAUAUCACGCAAAAAGCUCCUUAAGGCUUUCUACAAGAAAACUAAGAAUUGUUAUUUGCCGAUUCUAGCCCUCACUGUACUCAAUUUUGUUGUUUCAUUUCGUUCAAUUUAAGUACUCCACUUUGCGGUUAUCCCGCUAGCUUGACUAUGUAGUCCUUCAUUUAAGCGCAGCCGAUCUUCGUCGGCAAAUUAAGCGUUCACAAUGUUGCCAUAUGUUAUUUUUUCAUCUCAGUUUUAAGAACGAGAAUAUUGCAUAAUUAACUGCCACACAAACUAAAGCGAACGUUUUAAGAGAACGCAAAAUUACAAGCAGAGAAAAUACAAUUUAAUGAAUAUAAAUACAAAUACAAAAUAUGCAAACUUUGUACUACAGUUUUCAUUUAGAAACCCGUCCUACAAAUGGAGAACACACAGAAUCAAACUGAGAACAAAUUUAAGCAAACAAAAACAACAAAGACAACGGUACUGAUUAUUAAGUAAAUAAAAUAUUAAUGUUGAAAGUUAUUUACAAACAAAGCAAAUAGGAAAACAAAAACAACUACAACAAAAAUUAAGCAAUAAAUGCAAAACUAAUGCUCCAUUAAAAUAACUUAAGUAAUUAUAGUAAUAAUAAACUAAAUUAAGUUCUACACAAGCAGAGCAGAAAACACAAUUAAAAUACAAUAUUUAACCGUUAAAGAAAAUGAACAACAACCAAACGACAAUCGAAUUACAAAAGCAAAAUAAAGUAAUAAUUUUUCUCAACUUUACUGUAAAUACUUAGAGGUGGCAACACGCCAUUUUUGUAUAUACAAGUGCAUAUACCCACAAACGAAGUUGGUUCAAAAAGAGGUGACUUUCAAGUGACAGCAUUCGAGCUACAGAGGGAUUAAAAGCUUUUCCUGAAAUUGGAUUUACUCAAAGUAUUCAGAACAGACGCGUCAGUUUACCAGUAAAAGAUGACUGUAAGAGGCAAAUAUUGAUUUGUCAGAAGAUCUAGUAGCCUGACGAUAUCAAUGGAGAAAUGCGAAGAAAUUUGGAACAAAGAACAUCCAUAUAUGUAUAUAAUGCGGUUGUCUGCAGUUCUGAAUACUGAACCUCAAAUUCUCUAACACAGAAGAUACAGAAAACUCUUUAAGGGGCUUUACCAGUGUAACCCAUGAAAAAUUAAACGAUUUUUGUAAAUUUUUUUAACAGAAAGUACUCGAUUGAAUAUUUCGAAGUUUUUUGCACAUAAUGAGAUAUAUUCUCAGCUAAAUUUUAAAAUUUUUGUUUUUACAAAAAUAUUGAAAAGCAACGGAGUUAUAUGCUGUCUUUUGAGAUGCCAAAUUAAAGUUCCCCAACUGCUGACAUGAUUCUGGCCUAAUGAGUUACUGAAACAAAAAAUCAAAAAAAGUUAUUAAAGUUUAAGGUAUUUCCCAUAUAAUGACCUAUGAUUUCUAAAAAAUAUCAAAAAUUAACAAAACGGCAUAUUUCUGAAAAAAAUUUCGAUUUUUAGGUAAAAAAAUUGUAUUUUUUUUAAUGCCAAAUUGACAAUUUUCAACCAAUCAAGAAGAUCGUAGGAAUUGUAUAGUAAAUACAUUCAAGAAUACUUAGUUUCAAAUUGAAGUCGAUAAGUCAAUUUCUCGUUGAGUUAUGAUGUCAGCAAUUUGGAAAAAUGUCGUUUCGAGAAAAACGCGUUUGAAGUUUCAGCUAUCCGAUUGAUUACUGCGAGCGGUCGCUUUUAGAACGCUGCCAUUCAAAAACUAUUCAAGAUACGACCUUGCCGAUUUCACAGGAUAUUUUUGAAAACGAAGAAAAAUAAUCCAUUUUAUAAGACAGUCACCUUUCUUUGGCCACAUAGCACACCUGCGUCUAAUUGCCCCAAACAAAAACAAAUGCUGUAAUAGAACACGCGCUUGCAAUGUAAAUAUAGGAGAACAAGGGUUUGAAAAUUAGUUUUUGGUGCCUCGCAUAGCAUGGCAUAGCAUAAUAAAUACCAAAUACUUGCAUAAUUAUAUAUGUGAUAUUGUUAAGACGUGACGAAAAUUGUGCGCGAGAGUAUAGCAAGUAAAUUGAAGCAUGUAUUUGAGGUUAUAAAUAGUUAAAUGCAAAAGUUUUUCAUUUAAUUCAUGAAAUUAAGUUACCAACUUCACUUGUAAACAAUUUGUAGCUUCUUCACAUAGGCACAUAAACAACAACAUUUUGUUUUAGCAAAAUUUCUAGCUUACAAAAAUCUGUGGCAUGCAAGCCAGCGCCUUAGAUUGUGCUGCACUUGGUUGAUUGCCUAAAGCGGUUUCAAAGCAGAAAUACUCGUAGAACAUUGAGUUCGAAUAUCUCAAAGUGCUCAUAUUUUAAAGAUAUCUCUUAGGACAACUGCAUACAACUACACACUCACAUAUAUACAUACACAUAGGUCGCUGAGGUCUAAUAGAGCAAUAAGUAAACAAAGUUAGGUAAAUUAUAAAAAAAAUGUUGUUCGAUGGUUGUUUUAUAUUAUUAGAAGUUAAGGCGGCGCGGCAUAUUUCUUUGAGUACCUUUAAUAAUAACUAAUUAAUUGUAAGUUGUUGAAAAAAUUCACGUUUAGAUAUAACUAGAGGCUAAAUUUGUUAAACGUCUCUGUUACUGUACACAAAUUUGUAUAAGUCCAAGAAGAAAGUUAGAAAAUUUUGACAUUCAUGUUUGACUUGACAUUGACUUAAGAGGUUUUAGCAUUUUUUAAUUAAAAUUAUAUGCGGUUGGGAACACCAGCUACAUUUUUAAAUAGUGUUUUUAUACCCUGAUUAAGAUUGCCACGAAGUUUGCAACACACAGAGGGAGACGUGGUAGACCCUAUAAUGUGCACGGUUAAUGGAGAUGUCCGCUUAAUAGAGUGCUCGUUUAAUAGAGCUUUCACUGUAUUUUUUAUUUAUGACUGAUUUCCAACAUCCUAUCUUCUAAGUUGGUUCGAACUGGACAUAGUGUGCUAAAUUUUCCUAAAAUCGUUGCAGUAGUUUAGGAGUCCAUCGCGGACAAACAACGUGACACGUAAUUUUUGUAUUUAAAGAUGAAUGAUCAAUGUGUCAAGAUAUCGCUUAGUUUUUGAGAUAACGAUCUAAAAUUUUACAACCGUUCUUUUCUCACUAAGAAGCUGUUCUUUUAUCGGAACAGCUGAUAUCGGACCACUAUAUAAUAUAGCUGCCAUACAAACUUAACAAUCGGUAUCAAGUACUUGUUUGGAAAGCUUUUUCAUUCAAAGAGAUAUUUUCACGAAAUUUAGCUUGGGUUCUUGCUUUAAACAAUGAUGCGAUCUUCGUAAAGUUUUCAGAUCGGAUCGCUAUUGCACUAGACCAAAGUUCUCUUAAUGAUACUUUUACAUUUGUGAAGGGUAUUAUUGCUUUCAACUUUUUUCUUGUGUAACACAACUUUAAGUCUAUACUUAAAUAAAGAGGGAUAUGCUUAUGAGCCAACGGUCGACUCGUAAACCUACUAGUGAGGCAUGUUUAACAAAUCAGUUGCGUAGGAUCAGAGGCGGAUCUAGAGUAGAAUUUUCGGAGGGAACUACAUAAUUUUGUACUUGCAACUCAAAGUCCCUUUCUUCGCGGAGUGUCACUUAUGAUGGAAAUAAUGUAUAACUCUUAUCUUGAUGCCCCUACGCAGGAUUCUUCGCUAUGUUAUGUAACGUCUGUUAACGGCUUUAAUGUUGUGAUUUAUUUCUGAUAGUAUAUUUGACGUCUUCGGGGUAUAUUUUUCUGGGUUUUAAGUCAAGUUCAGUCAAGAUUUGUGCAACUAAUUUACGUUUUGGCAAGAUAUCUUUAUUAGAGCAUUACAAAUUCAUACACAUAGUGCAAAAUAUGUACCAAAAUACUAACUAACAUACCAACUAACAACAAUUUAAGUGAUUUUUGAAUAAUCUGCGAGAAUUUCGUUACCUGAGUAUAGUCAACACUGUGCUAAUUUGUUACUAAUUUUUUAAUAAAGAAAUAUAUCUAUAUAUAAAUUGUUACAGAAGUGUUUACCCCCAACUAGGUUAGGCAGGUGGUUGCGCUACCAAGCUGGCGUGAUAACGCACUUAGACUGUUACAUACAUAUGUACAGUUUUUUGUGCAGCCAGAUUGAAACUACUGUAGUUGGAUAUCAGUUAUCGACUAAGCGCCUUGAGCCUAUCACAAAUCUGCUUGGGUGUUUUCUUUCAAAACCUUACUAACCCCAAAUAGGUUCUUGGAAAGUAUAUAUUUACUCACACUACAUAAAUAUAUUUAUACAAACGACAAGCAAUUCCAAUAUGGUAUUAAAUACAUACAUACACACAUCUAAUUUAAAAUAUUUAGUCUAAAUUAUUUGUAGUUGUAAAUUGAAAAUUAUACUCAAAAAAAUAUAUAAUAGGAAAUAAUGCAAAACUGAAUUAAAUGUUAUUAAAAAUAUCACAAACUUUUUGUUAAUUAAAAAAAAUGUAAAUAAAACCUCUGUAAAUACAUAAUUGUAUAAUACCGAAGGAAGUCAGGCAGUAAGCAGGGCGCUUGCUAAAACCGUUAGUUGCUUAAAACCAUGUAAAAACAAUGCAAAGUAAUUUAUAGAUUACAUACAUAUAAGUAUAUAAGCUAAAAUAUUUAUAAAUACUAAAAACGCUUAACAAAUUCGUCAACUACGCGCGCAUACGAAACUAGAAAAACGCUAGAAGAAGUGUAAAGAGGCAAAAACUAAAACUGAAACUAAAAUUACGAGCAGACUAAGUAAAGCUUAUAGCAGUAACUAGUAAGAGAAAUAUUCGAAUAUUUAGACAUAAGCGAAUUUGCGUUACAUACACAUACAUACAUAUGUAUGUAUGUAUGUAUGUACGUUUUUCUGUUCGAAAGUUUUCCUUGCAAAGCCUUAAAUUUGAAAAAUAUGCAAAAAUUGUGCAAUUAAUUCAAUUUAUUUACUUGUACACACGUGUAUUUAGGAAUUGUUUCCGCGCGAAAUGAAAAACAAAACUAAAAUGUAAAUAACAGUAAGUUAGCAGCCAUCACGUGACGUAAACAAACGAAAUUUUCAAGCAAAUGCUGCGUGUAAUUGCAAAGCUGAAGGGCAACUCGCACGGUAACGUCUCGAAAAUGCUUUGCAACAUUAACUAGAACGUAAAAAAUAAGAAUUCUUAGAAGAAUACAAAGAAAAUUUAGAGAAAUACCAAAAAAUACGCUUUUAUACGCCAUUAACACUAUACAAAUAUCAAUUAUUUUUUAAUGAAACCAAAUCUCACGCAAGCAAUGCCGAACUUCACCGCGCAUUAACGGUAACGCACUGUAAACCGUUAGUUUGCGUAUAUGUAUAGCAUAGGAAUGAGAAGCGAACGAGUUGAAAAGUUUUCUUUGAAAUAUUAGCCAACAAAAAGUAGUAGAAAAUUCCUAAACACACCAGAAAUGCAUUGAAGAACUAGACAAUUUUUACUAAAACACCGCAAAAGCUCGCUACACACUCACCACUAAUUAAAGGCAUAAGUCAGAAGAAUGUCAGAAACAAAAACGCAUGCUUAAUGAAGAAAAUCUAGAAAAUAUAUUAAUAAAGCAAAUACAUACAUACAUAAAGACACAUUUAACGGAAUAACUAAGAUAUUAUAUAAAUUUUACAACUCAAAAUAAUGCAAUAAAAUUUAAAAAAAUAUGGAAGAAAA